AUGCAGGACGCUUUGACAGCCCGCAAGGCCGAGGAGAUCCAAGGGUACGCGGACUGCAACGAAUGGAAGAAUUUCCUCUACGCGAUCAAAGCUGCUUACGGUCCACCAACCAAAGGCACUGCUCCUCUUUUCACCGCCGACGGCAGGACCCUACUCACUGAGAAGACGAAAAUUCUUCAGCGAUGGGCCGAGCACUUCAGAAGCGUCCUUAACCGUCUCUCCAACAUGUCCGACGCCGAAAUCGCUCGUCUGCUUCAAGGGGGGACCAACGUCGACCUCGACCUCCCGCCCUCUCUCAACGAAAACACCAAGGCCGUGCAACAAAGGGAAAGCGGAAAAGCGUCCGGAUCGGACGCAAUUCCUGCCGAGGUCUACAAGCACGGUGGCCCCGAAAUCGUGGGUCAUCUGACGGCGCUCUUCCGGCGAUUUGGCGUCAAGGAGAAGUUCCUCAGGACUUUAAGGACUGCACCGUCCACCUAUAUAAGUGGAAAGGUAACAACCAACUCUGUGACAACCAUCGAGACCUCUCCUUGUUGA